AUACGAUGGAAACAUUACAUGUGCAGGGCGUAUUGCCAUCCAAUCAUUAUGUGCUCCACAAUGUGAAUUUUCCAACAUGGAAUGGGAUAUACUUUCCUUUAUCAGAUCUUUGAAAGGCCUGGUCCGAUCUUCAAAUGCUGUUGCUUUUAUGACCUUUCCACCUUCACUUGUUUCACCAUCUUUCUCAAAGAGAUUGCAGCAUUUGGCCGACACCUUGCUGUCUGUCAGAGCAAUUCCAGACGAGGACAAGGAAUUGGCAAAACUCCUCACUGGUUACCAGGAUAUGGUUGGCCUUCUCAGUGUACACAAAGUGGCACGCAUCAAUACACAGGUUCCUGUAAUUCUAGAGGCAUCCACAUUCUCCAUUAAGCUGCAGAAGCGGAGGUCAUUAGUUCUAGAAUGUUUAAAUCAAGCUCCCGUGGAUGGUUCAAGUGGGAGUUCGUAUGGCUCUUCCAGUAGUUGUUCUGGGUCUUCUAAGACCCACAUAGAUUUUUAG